AUACGGAAGAUGUUAUUCGAAACCCGAAAAACAGAGGGGCUAUUAGUUCUUGCAAGUUUAUUCAGCAAAAUAAAAUUCCGAAAGGUACCGGAAUAUCUCUACUUCAAAAGGAAAAACCCUAAUCGUCCUUUACUUCUCACAAAAUCUACUAUUUCCUGCGGGUUUUAACCUUACGAAGAAGAUGCCCUCCGAGGAUUCGAAGCCCGUGAGGGUGGAGGUGGAGGACGAGGAAGAAGCCGACGACGAGCAGAGCCUGGGUUCUAUUCUCGAAGGGCGCAAGAAGAAACCCUCUAAUAUAAGUGAUGGUUCGGCCAAACCUCGGCCCAAAGAAGCCAAAGUGAAGAAAGAAGAGCCCCUAGGCGAUAACGAUGAUGAUAAUGGCAAACCCAUUAAGGCUUCUCUUUCCUCCGUUUCACGCUCCAAAGUUAAGAAGGAAGAUAAUGAUGAUGACGAUGACAAGCCCCUCGCAAAACGGAGCUCUAACACCAAGCCUGACAAGGAACUGAAGAAGGCAAAGAUAAAGGAGGAGGGGAAGAAAAAGAAGAAUGUAGAUGCGGCAGCAGAGAAGAAGAAGAGGGAGAAGAAGGUUUAUGAUUUGCCUGGUCAGAGGCGAGACCCUCCUGAUGAGAGAGAUCCCCUCAGGAUUUUUUACGAAACUCUUUAUCAGCACAAUCCAAAUAGCGAAAUGGCACAGUUCUGGAUGAUGGAAUCUGGUUUGCUUUCCAAAGAGGAGUCAAAGAAGGUUUAUGAGAAGAAGCAGAAGAAAAAUAAUCAGCAGAAGAUUAGUUCCCCAGCCCAAGCUGUAGCUACUGUGAAGCGGAGUACUCAGUCUGUUAGUGUUAAAAGAAAACUACCAUCUUCAAACAAAAAGAGGACGACAGACUCAAUUGUUGCAUCGAAUAAGCAGAAGAUUAAAGGUGGAAGCUCUGAGGAUGAAUCUGAUGAUGACAUUGUUUUAGCUAGAAAGAAAAAAUCAUCCCCCCUACUUUCUUCUAAUAAACAGAAGACAACAGUGUCCAAAGUUUCAUCAAAGCAGUCUAAGAAGCGGAAACAGUUUGAAGAUGAAAGCUCCGAGAAUGAAUCAGAUGAUGACUUUGAAAUUGAUUCGCGCAGAGUUUUUAAGAAGCAGCGAGCAGCUUAACUAUGUUGGAUAAUAUCUAUUUUCCAAUUAACUACUAUUAACGCUAAUAUUGUCAAUGUCCUUAUUGCGCAUUGAUGUUAUAGAAGAUUCAACUGUAAUUUUGACUUCUA